CUAAUCCCCAGCUGCCGCUCGCCCUCUGCCCAAGGUCGACGCAGACGUCACGACGUCCUGGUUGCCUUGUUUGGAUGUCUUCUUGUUGCUGUGGCCGCUCUGCCGUGCGUGGAGGCCAAAGGCCGAGUUGAGAAGCAUGGCGUCGGGGUCCUCUACCUCGCUCUCGUGAUCAGUGCUCAGGGGAUGCUCGUCACCAUGGUCGUCUUGCAGAUCAGAGCCCGCCUCGGCGGCCGCUGUGGCAGACUGGCUGUGCUGCCCCUUGCCCUUGUGGGCCUUCAUUUCCUUCUUGGCCAUCCGCGCCUUCUCUCUGGCGUCCUCCUGGAUGAGCUUGUCGGCGUUGCGUUCCGCCUCAACGGCCUCUGCCGCUAGCUGGGCCUCGGGCUUGCGAGAAGACUGCUUGGCCAUGCUCUGCGUCUUCUCCUUGGCGCCCUGCUGGGCGAUCGAUUCCAAGAAACGCAGGAACUGAAAGAAAGAUCGAGGUCAAGAGUGUGAGGGGGGGGUGGAAGGAGGUGCUUUCGCGUCAGCCUGCCUGUGGUGGUUUGCUGAGAUGGGUGGCAUCAGGGCUGCGCAUCUCCUUGACAGAGUCGAGCUGAAUGAAAGCGGCGUGGCGUACACGUGAAAAGAUGGAUAGAUGCGGGCAAGCGUGUCUCGUUUUCUGACCUUGAGUAUCUCUCGGAUGAACGGAUUGCGGGUGUGCUCCCCCUGGGCAACCAGAGUCCUCCCGUAGCUGCACACGCACAUCCAUCCAUCCAUCUCGCGCACCGCAUCCAUGUGUGUAUGUUCACGGAUGCGUAACGGUGCUUACUUGACCAUCGUCUGGAGAACGGCCACGACCGAGUCCAAAUUGAUGUCAGUACUGGUCAGCUGUCCCCGCGCUCGAGCGAGCACCGCAUCGCAGAGAGCCUUGGACAGCCCUGCGGUCGACAAAACCUGAACCAACCAAGACACUUGCAAGUGUCGAAUCUCACUGCACACGCUGCCUGCUGACUGACUUUUCGAUCGGUCUGGAUCAGGAGUUUGAGGCAGGUCACACAGAGGGCCAAACCGACCCUGAGCGCCUGGCAGUCCAGCAUGUCCACCAAGGUAGACACAAAGCCGGAACCGAUCAACUCCUGCCCCCUCCCCUCCUCUGUGUCACACACACACACACACACACACACAACGAUUCGUCUAUGAAGAGCGGAUCACGCGACGGCGUACCUGCGAGAGCGAUUGCUGGUGUGACGAUGGUAUUGCCCAGGUAGGUCGACAUGGUAUCACCUUGGCGGAUCAUCUUGACCACCUUGCCGCGCACGAGGCAUCCAUGACGAUCGGCUCAAGCAGACGGAAGGGGAGGGGGGCCGGUGCGAGCACUUUGAGCAAUCCCACUUCCUCCGCCAGCUUGACGACCGGGUCUUCAUUGUGGGCAUCCGUCGCCUGCCGCUUCGCCAGCAGAGAGGUCGCGCAGAGCCAGUAGGCAGUGCACAUGAGGGCGCCUAGGACGAGGGAUGCGGCUCUGAGCUCAAAGGAGCCAUCCUCGGCCGACACGACGAGCUGGGCCAGUCUGUUGAAGUGGGCGUACACGUGAGAGCCCAACGCCGCUUUGGUCACUUGCCAGUCCUCCACGGCUGCACACAGGCACGACACCAGGCACAUAGAGAGACGCCAACGAACACAGGAUGCCCUUCUCCUCCCUCUGUGUGAGUUCACCUGUUAGGCGUCUCCGGUCGAAGGACACAGUAAUAGUCGGCAGCAGAUGGAUCAUGUUGUCGGCGCCACGCUGGCCGUCGACAGCCCCAUGGUCUCGACAAACAUGGUGAAGAAUGGAAGCGCCAGUGACCAUGGGUGGCUGGGAAGACUGGGCGAGUACAAGAGGAUGAGCACGUUGCGAGCCUCGCCUGCCAAGACCACAUGCCGGGGUCGCAGGAGGACGCUCAUGGCCUGCCGGAUAGUGGCCUCAUGCCGCCUCAGGAAGUCGUCGCGAAGCCUGGCAGCGGCCGGGUAGUCUCCCAUGGCAGGGAGGGCAGCAAGGGCCGCCCUGAUGGCGUACAGCCGUGCAAGUGUCACGACGUCGAUGCGGGGUGGAGGAGGAAUGCCCAGCGGCUUGCAAGAGUCGGAAAUGAGGACUGUCUGAGCGGCUGUUUUGUCGGUGAGCUCGAUGUCGUCUCCCUCGCUCGGUUGGCUCCACGUCAGAGUGUCGAAGAUGGCCGACACGAACGUCGGUGCCAACGGGCCGACGAGUGUGAGCAAGCGGUUGCGGAGCAGACGAUAGAGGACGUCAGCCGUCGCAACCCGACACUCGACGCUGCUGCCAUCCACCAGGUGCGUCAGGAUGCGGCGGAAGGCAUCGACGUCGUUGACGAACCGCUGGGCGAGCCCUUUGAGCACGGGCAUCUGGACCUGGCUGAUGCCCCUGGCUGAUCGGAUGUAGACCUCCACGUCAUCCGAGAGCAGCCCGUCCUCAAAUUGCUCGAUGCUCUCAGGGGUGGGGUGGGAGCUGGUCGACGGAGCGGCAGGGUGGUCAGCAGCAGCCUGGGGGGCAGCAGCCUGGGGGGCUGCUGCGAAAGCCGCGGGUGCGGGGGCCUUCUUGUUCUUCUCCUUCUUCGCUUUCUGGCCCUUCUUGCCCUUGGCUGGAGCGGUCAUCGACUGGAAGAACGACGACACCUUCAGGAAAAAGAAGCGUGCAGUGUAUCAUUACUCAUUCAGUGCGCGUAUUUCCUUGUACCUACCUCAUUUGGCGGGGUGGAGAGCGCUGACGGCCCAAUUAACUUGGCGCCGUACUGGUCGAACAAAGCCACAAGCAGGCUGGGUACCGACGUGGCGUGUGCGAGAUACACGUAUACACACCUACCUGGACGAUCUGCUGAGGAAAAGGGUUGCUCGGCACCUUGCCCUCAGCGACCAACUCGUCUCCAUACCUGGACACACACACACACACACACAUCAACGCAUACACACACGACGCUGGCCACUAGACGGCCAUCGCAUUGCCUACGUGAUGAUUCUGCUGAGCCAGGCAACGAGGACGGGCCGCCUGUCGAACUGACCGUGCAUCAUGCCAGCGGUCUGGGAAAUGGCCAUUGCCGAUGUGCAGAUCAGCAUCGAUUCGGACAAGGCUUGCGCCAGGGCCUCCGUGCCCAAGAACUGGCGGACAAAGAAAGAAAGAAAGACAGACAGAAAGACGGAACCUUUGUCGCUUUCUGCGAAUGUGGUGAGUGUGCUGUGCUGUGCUGUGCUGCGCUGUGCUCACCGAUCUGUCUCUUUGGACGAUCAUAUCCAGGCAAUGCAGAUCCAGGUGCAUGACGACGUCGUCCACAGACACCGACAAUUGCCCCACCAUCCCAAACAGCACCGGAAGGAAGCCAGCCUUCUUGAGAACAGACAAUUGAUUCGACUCUGCCACACGGACAGACAGACCAGCAGACACAAACAAACAACCCAAUGCAUACGUAUGCCUGCACCAGGAACCCUUCCGUGGGCGCACCAAUGGCAGCCAUGGCUGGAAUGAGGAUCGCUGCAGCGAUAGCAUGCGCCUGGAGGUCGCUUGGUGCUGCCUGCGCAGCUGCGAGCACCCUGCUCAUGAGUUUUUCCUUGAACAGCGGCCGGCAUGGUGCGAGAGGGAAGGGGGCCACCCUGCACAGCUCGGACACAGGAAUGGUUCGCUCAUCCCCACCGCCUGACAUGACACACAAACAACCAACCACACAGGAGCCAGGCCCAGUGAUCCGAUGCAGGCACUGACUCGGCCAGCAUCUGCCCUCUCUUUCUCUUUCUGGGUGGGCGCAUUGCAUACCGAGUUGGUGGCGGCAGAGGAGGAGGGCCCUCGCGAGUGUGGUGCCCAGCGCAGCACAUGCAGCCGCGAGGAGCUGUCCGUCUGAUGUCACCACGAUGCGCACGAGGCACUCCACAUGAGCGUAGCAAUGCUCUCCGAUCAGCUCCCGCAACUCGCUCUCUUCCAGCACUACGGGAGGGAGGCAGACAAACAGGCAGACACAAAGAGAAUGUGGGUGGGUGGGUGUGUGCGUGUGUGUGUGUCCUUGGCGUACCUUCGUCGCGUGGCAGCCAUUCCACCUGAUGGUAGAGGUCUAUGAGGCUCAGCACGUUCGCCCAGUACAGGUCAUCUGCCGACCGCAGCGGCCCCGCGGCGAAGAGGCACUGGACCAUCAUCGACAGCAGGGGCAGCAGGAGGUCCACAGCCAUGGGAAUCUCUCCUCCCGCCACAAACUGGUGGGCCACCCUCGCCCCCAGCUCACGCACCAGCGCAUACGCCCAACUGGACACAUUCACGGCCGCUGCCGUCGUCCGCAGCGGCAUCAGGUGCAGACACUGCUUAACGGUCGUCCGAUGGCUCAUGAAGAAGUCGUCACGAAUCUCGGCGUACUGCUUUGAUGGCAGCACCUCCUUCGCCGCGUAGAAGACUUCCACCAGCAGCGCCAGCCUCGUGCAGGUGAUCACGUCCAACGCACAACGAGCGACCUUCCUGCCGAAGACGCUCUGGUAGACCUUGCCGUCCAGACGCACCUCAGUCCACGUGACGGCGCCGAUCACAAAAGCCGCCACUUGUGCCAGCUGAGUCGGCGGCACGCGUAGAAGGGCAAGCCGAACCGUUCCGUUAACCUGGAGUGCACAGAACAAGUCAGCGGCAAUGACCCGGUUGGUCUCUGCAGUGGUGUCGUCCAGGAGGGCAGACAGCAGCCGCUCGAGCGCAUGCCUGUCGCCCAGCAGCCGUCCGGCGAAGCUGGUGAGCUGAUCAGCAGACACAUUGCCGCUGAGUACGGCGGUGGCGAGGCCCUUGGCGGCCACGAAGAACGGCUUUUCUUCUGCGUCUGGCGAUAGCACGACCUUCUCGGGACAGGCAAGGCCGCUGUGGCUCAU